CAACCCCCUUCCUAAUUGAAAGCAAAUGUGCAAUAUAUUGGAUGCUGGGAUCCUUGGCGCAGGCCCAGGAAUCCUCAGAAUGUGAGGUUUCUCUCAAAGGCAUCUUGCAUCAGCCUGUGGAUGUAUGCCUACCACGGGGCUCCUUCACCGGCAAAGUGGGAAAGAAGUGGUUCACAGCAAAUUCUUCUUUUGGGGUUGGGGGACCACACUGGACUAGAACCGUUUUCUUCUUUUCAAAAUUGGGCGUCCCUGGAUGGAAGGAAAUCUACAAGUGGCCUGACAUUCGAUGCUCUAGAAAAUUCUGAGGCUUGUUGCUUGAAUUCUUUUAAAGCUGAAAUAAUUGAAGAGGAGCAGAGGCCUUCUGUUUGGGAGGAUUCUGUCCUACAGAGAAUGUUCUGCACCCAUUGACACUCCAGAUCCAACUCCGUCUUCUGAAAUGAUCCCGACUCCCAGAAUGCCCCUGGUGCUGCUCCUGCUCUUGCCCAUCCUGGGUUCCGCAAAAGCUCAGGUUAAUCCAGCCAUAUGUCGCUACCCUCUGGGGAUGUCAGGAGGCCACAUUCCAGAUGAGGACAUCACAGCUUCGAGUCAGUGGUCAGAAUCCACGGCUGCCAGAUAUGGGAGGCUUGACUCUGAAGAAGGAGACGGAGCCUGGUGCCCUGAGAUUCCAGUGCGACCUGAUGAUCUGAAAGAAUUUCUGCAGAUUGACCUACGUACCCUACACUUUAUCACUCUUGUGGGGACCCAGGGACGCCAUGCAGGGGGUCAUGGCAUUGAAUUUGCACCCAUGUACAAGAUCAACUACAGUCGAGAUGGCACUCGCUGGAUCUCCUGGCGUAAUCGGCAUGGGAAGCAGGUGCUAGAUGGGAACAGUAACCCUUACGAUGUUUUCCUGAAGGACUUGGAGCCACCCAUUGUAGCCAGAUUUGUUCGCCUCAUCCCAGUCACUGACCACUCCAUGAACGUGUGCAUGAGGGUUGAACUUUAUGGUUGUGUUUGGCUAGAUGGCUUGGUGUCUUACAAUGCUCCAGCUGGACAGCAGUUUGUACUCCCUGGAGGCUCCAUCAUUUAUCUGAAUGAUUCUGUCUAUGAUGGAGCUGUUGGGUACAGCAUGACUGAAGGACUAGGCCAGUUAACCGAUGGGGUAUCUGGCCUGGAUGAUUUUACCCAGACCCAUGAAUACCAUGUGUGGCCCGGCUAUGACUACGUGGGUUGGCGGAAUGAGAGUGCUACCAAUGGCUACAUCGAGAUCAUGUUUGAAUUUGACCGAAUCAGGAAUUUCACUACUAUGAAGGUCCACUGCAACAAUAUGUUUGCUAAAGGUGUGAAGAUCUUUAAGGAGGUCCAGUGCUACUUCCGCUCUGAAACCAGUGAGUGGGAACCCACUGCCGUCUCCUUUCCCCUCGUCCUGGAUGAUGUGAACCCCAGCGCUCGGUUUGUCACAGUGCCCCUCCACCACCGAAUGGCUAGUGCCAUCAAAUGCCAGUACCAUUUUGCCGACACAUGGAUGAUGUUCAGCGAGAUCACUUUCCAAUCAGAUGCUGCGAUGUAUAACAACUCUGGAGCCCUGCCCACCUCUCCUAUGGCACCCACAACCUAUGAUCCCAUGCUUAAAGUUGAUGAUAGCAACACUCGGAUCCUGAUUGGCUGCUUGGUUGCCAUCAUCUUCAUCCUGCUGGCUAUCAUCGUCAUCAUCCUGUGGAGGCAGUUCUGGCAGAAGAUGCUAGAAAAGGCUUCCAGGAGGAUGCUGGAUGACGAAAUGACAGUCAGCCUUUCCCUGCCCAGCGAGUCCAGCAUGUUCAAUAACAACCGCUCCUCAUCACCAAGUGAACAGGAGUCCAACUCUACUUAUGAUCGAAUCUUUCCCCUUCGUCCUGACUACCAGGAGCCAUCCAGACUCAUCCGAAAGCUCCCAGAAUUUGCUCCAGGGGAAGAGGAGUCAGGCUGCAGUGGUGUUGUGAAGCCAGCCCAACCCAAUGGACCUGAGGGCGUGCCCCACUAUGCAGAAGCCGACAUAGUGAACCUCCAGGGAGUGACAGGCGGCAACACCUACUCAGUGCCUGCUGUCACCAUGGACCUGCUCUCGGGAAAAGAUGUGGCCGUGGAAGAGUUCCCCAGGAAACUGUUGACUUUCAAGGAGAAGCUGGGAGAAGGCCAGUUUGGGGAGGUUCAUCUCUGUGAAGUGGAGGGAAUGGAAAAAUUCAAAGACAAAGAUUUUGCCCUAGAUGUCAGUGCCAACCAGCCUGUCCUGGUGGCUGUGAAGAUGCUCCGAGCAGAUGCCAACAAGAAUGCCAGGAAUGAUUUUCUUAAGGAGAUAAAGAUCAUGUCUCGGCUCAAGGACCCAAACAUCAUCCGUCUCUUAGCUGUGUGUAUCACUGAUGACCCGCUCUGCAUGAUCACGGAAUACAUGGAAAAUGGAGAUCUCAAUCAGUUUCUUUCCCGCCAUGAGCCUCUGAGUUCUUGUUCUAGCAACGCCACAGUCAGUUACGCCAGCCUGAAGUUUAUGGCUACCCAGAUUGCCUCUGGUAUGAAAUAUCUCUCAUCCCUUAACUUUGUCCACCGAGACCUGGCCACACGAAACUGCCUAGUGGGCAAGAACUACACCAUCAAGAUAGCGGAUUUUGGAAUGAGCAGAAACCUGUACAGUGGUGACUACUACCGGAUCCAGGGCCGGGCAGUGCUCCCCAUCCGCUGGAUGUCCUGGGAAAGCAUCUUGCUGGGCAAAUUCACCACAGCAAGCGAUGUGUGGGCCUUCGGGGUGACUCUGUGGGAGACUUUCACCUUUUGCCAGGAGCAGCCCUACUCCCAGCUGUCAGAUGAGCAGGUUAUUGAGAAUACCGGAGAGUUCUUCCGAGACCAAGGGAGGCAGACUUAUCUCCCUCAACCAGCCAUUUGCCCCGACUCUGUGUAUAAGCUGAUGCUCAGCUGUUGGAGAAGAGAUACCAAGCACAGACCAUCAUUCCAGGAAAUACACCUUCUGCUUCUUCAACAAGGGGAUGAGUGAUGCCAUCCAUGCCUGCCGAUGUUCCUGUGGCCCAGGUCCUCCUCACAAGACCUACCGCUAACCCACAUCUAAGCCACUCCAUCUGGACAU